AUGGUGUACUUGAACAAAGUUACUGGGCCAUGCCUUGCAAAGGUCGCAUGCAAGCUGGAACUGAUGGAACCCUGUCGAAGUGUCAAGGACAGAAUAUCGCUGAGCAUGAUCAGGGAGGCAGAGGCUCAGGGACUCAUUUCUCCUAAUAAGACGGUUCUGGUUGAGCCCACAAGCGGGAAUACAGGAGUGGGGUUGGCGUUUGUUGCUGCUGCCCUUGGCUAUAAACUGAUAUUGACAAUGCCCGACACCAUGAGCACGGAGAGGCGGGUCCUGCUGCGAGCUUUUGGGGCAGAGUUGGUACUCACUGAUGACAAACAUGGAAUGACAGGUGCCAUUUCCAAGGCAGAGGAAAUUGUUGCAACCACCCCAAAUGCGUACAUGCUGCAGCAGUUUGAGAAUAUGGCGAACCCAGAAGUCCACUAUGAAACCACAGGACCUGAGAUCUGGAACGACACUUGUGGGAAUGUGGACUUGUUUGUUGCCGGUGUGGGUACAGGAGGCACAAUAACGGGUUGUGGAAGGUACCUCAAGGAACAAAAGCCCGAGGUGCAAGUAAUCGCUGUAGAACCCGCAGAGUGUGCUGUUUUGUCAGGCAGCAAAAGGCUCGGGUACCAUCAGAUCCAAGGGCUGGGACCCGGCUUCAUUCCCAAGGUGCUGCAAAGGGACCUUCUGGAUGAAGUGAUCCAGAUUACUUCAAGGGAGGCUGUCGAAAUGGCCAGGAGGCUGGCUCGAGAGGAAGGCCUUCUGUGUGGCAUAUCCUCUGGAGCUGCUGUGGCCGCUGCUAUCAAAGUGGGCAAGCGACCAGAGAACCGUGACAAGCUGAUGGUCGUGGUGUUACCUAGCUUUGGGGAAAGGUACCUUACAACUGUGCUGUUCAACAAACUAUGGACUGCAGACGCUGAUGAAGAAGAUAUGAUGGCUGCCUCGGUGCGGCAGGCCUCUGGCAUGGAAGAGGAGGAAAGCAAGGAGCCAAAGUUGUGA